CUUCAGUCAUACGUGUCUUGUCGUUUCGUUUGGGCAGCCAGGAGCUGGCUGUGGGCCGUGUUGAGCUGUCCUGAAACUUUCCGCAAUUAGGCCUCUUCGUGAAUAAAAGAUUUCUGCAGUCACCUGCUAAACCACCGAUCAUCCCUAAGCAGCCAUGGGCCUUAAAUUCUUAGAGGUGAUCAAGCCCUUCUGCUCAAUUUUACCGGAAAUUGCCAAGCCGGAGAGAAAGAUCCAAUUUAGAGAAAAAGUGCUAUGGACAGCAAUCACCUUGUUCAUUUUCCUCGUGUGUUGCCAGAUUCCCUUGUUUGGAAUCAUGAGCAGCGACUCAGCAGAUCCCUUUUACUGGAUACGAGUGAUCCUGGCUAGUAACCGCGGUACCCUGAUGGAACUGGGUAUUUCGCCGAUUGUUACCUCAGGCCUGAUCAUGCAGCUGUUGGCCGGUGCCAAGAUCAUCGAAGUUGGCGAUACGCCCAAGGACCGAGCUCUCUUCAACGGCGCCCAGAAGCUGUUCGGCAUGGUCAUCACCGUUGGCCAGGCCAUCGUGUACGUCAUGACUGGCAUGUACGGUGACCCAGGUGAGAUCGGCGCUGGAGUCUGCCUGCUCAUCAUCAUCCAGCUUUUCGUCGCUGGCCUCAUCGUCUUGCUGCUCGAUGAACUGCUUCAGAAGGGAUAUGGUCUUGGCUCUGGAAUAUCGCUCUUUAUUGCCACCAACAUUUGCGAAACCAUCGUGUGGAAGGCGUUCAGUCCUGCAACUGUCAAUACUGGCCGUGGAACGGAAUUUGAAGGAGCUGUGAUUGCCCUCUUCCACCUGCUCGCCACCAGACAGGACAAGGUGAGAGCCCUGAGGGAGGCUUUCUACAGACAGAACCUGCCCAACCUGAUGAAUCUGCUGGCUACCGUCCUGGUCUUUGCUGUGGUCAUAUACUUCCAAGGCUUCAGAGUGGAUCUGCCCAUCAAGUCUGCCAGAUACAGAGGACAGUACAGCAGUUACCCCAUCAAGCUGUUCUACACUUCGAACAUCCCCAUCAUUCUGCAGUCAGCUCUUGUGUCCAACCUGUACGUCAUCUCUCAGAUGAUGGCGGUGAAGUUCCAAGGCAACUUCUUUGUCAAUCUCUUGGGCGUGUGGGCUGACGUGAGUGGUGGAGGGCCGGCUCGAGCGUAUCCAGUCGGAGGCCUUUGCUACUACUUGAGUCCACCUGAAAAUGUUGGACACAUCCUGGAAGAUCCUAUUCACGCCAUGCUCUACAUCGUCUUCAUGCUUGGUUCCUGCGCCUUCUUCUCGAAGACCUGGAUUGAGGUUUCUGGUUCUUCUGCCAAGGACGUUGCUAAGCAGCUGAAGGAACAACAGAUGGUCAUGCGUGGCCACCGUGAGAAGUCGAUGAUCCACGAGCUCAAUAGGUACAUUCCGACAGCGGCCGCUUUUGGAGGUCUCUGUAUCGGCGCCCUCUCCGUGCUUGCCGACUUCCUUGGGGCUAUCGGCUCCGGCACUGGUAUCCUGCUUGCUGUCACCAUCAUAUACCAGUACUUUGAGAUCUUCGUCAAGGAGCAGAGCGAGAUGGGCGGCAUGAGCACUUUGCUGUUUUAAACAUUUUCUCUAAACAUUUUGUUGAACGAGCAUUUUGGGUACCAUUUUUGCUCUUAUCCCACUCACUGUGGUUGCCAAAAUCAUUGUUAACUUUUCAAAGAACAAUUAACCGCACUCCAUCGUGCAUCAUUAAAGACAGGGAUGGGGCAAAAGAGACCCAGAAGAUAUGCAAGAUCCGUUAUUCGCUUCAGACAUCAUAAAAUUUCCUUUGGUUGAUUACGUGAAAUGACAUCGACUCUUUGUGUUGUUGCUGGUGCAGAGUGAAUGAUUGGGCCUAUUAUUUAAUUUUCAACGCAGGCCCACUUAAGCGUGUUUCUAUUAAAGAGAGAAAAUAGCACAAUAAGGUUUAUUGUGUGCCCUGUUAUAAA